UCCCGGCGCCGUCCGUAGCAGCUGGAGCACAGCACAUAUAAGGCAGCGCGAGGACCCCGCGAGCGGAGCGAGGCUAUUUCCAACGACUCUGUCCUGUCCUGUACCACACCCCACAUACCCCACCACCACCACCACAACCACAACCACAACCAGACCCCCAACCCCAACACCCAUGGCGCGCCCAGGCCGCCUCCUCAUCUCCCUCGCAGCACUGGUCACCGGCCUCGGCGCCCUCGCCGCCGACUUCAACGUCACCCACAUCUACAACCCCACCUGGCCGGGCCACGCCAAAUUCCACGUCGGCCAGACCAUGGCCAUGGCCGUGCUGCUGUGCUGCGCGUCGCUGUGGUUGCUUUGGGUGCCUGCUGCUGCCUCUGCCACAACCUCCACCUCCAUCACCGCCGCAAACGGCGCGGCGAGAGAACGCAAAGAGGGCAGAGGCGACACAGACAAAGUGCGCACGGCGGUGCAACGGCAGCGCCUCGAUGCCGCGGCCCUGCUCGCCGCCAUCUACUGGGUUACGCAGAUGGCCGCCUACGCUUUUCCCGGCACCACGCCCUUUGAUGUCAUCCCUGGGCGGGUGGACCCGGAUCCGCUGCUCCAGUUCAAGCUCGAGGUCGCGAUGCUGGCGUUUGUCGGGGUGGGGUGGUGGCUGGAGCGCUGAGUCGGGGG